GAAAACCGCGACACACACACACACCCGCACGCCCACACCUGUGAGUGCGCCACUGCGCAUACAGAGAGAGACCACAAAAAGGAAAACGAGCUCUGCCCAUCCCGGCCCCCACGACCCUCUCGAUCACAUCAUCCUCGUCUGUCAGCUCAGCUCAAGAGCAGCACGCGCCGGGGUCCGCCAUCGCUGGGAAGGGGAAGAGGCAGGUCCUCGCCUUCACACCCUGGACGCACAAUCAAACAAGCAAACAAACAAACAAACGUGCAUCAAUGCAGGAACACCAGCCUCCUCACGCUAAAGUACCGAGUCGGGAGGGGCACGGGCGGCCCGAUUGCUGCAGACGCCGGGGGCCACCAUCGCUGGGACGGGGGAGGGGAAGGGGGUCGCCUUCGCACCCUGCAAACACACACACACGGAUGGCACACUCGACAAACCUCCUUACUGGGGUGCACGUGUGUCUGGCUUACCGAGUCGAGAGGGGCAAGGGCGAGUGGUCCCCGGGCCUCGUAGCCGUCGGAGGCGAUCAGGGAUGGGCCGCGGCACUGGGCCUGGCCUGUUCGUGUCACCCUCGGGGACAAUGGCGGUCGCCACUGCGAGAAGGCAGACGGUCACUCCGAGCAGGAAAGCCGAGAAACGAGCCAUCUUUCUCGACGCGGACGGAAGCUGGAGAGCGAGGGGGCAGCUGGCGAGGGUUCAGGAGGAAAUAGCCAGCGAAAAUGACCGAGAAUGACC